AUGGCGCUCAUUAAACAUGUCAGAAUAUUAUUGCUGUUCGCAGUAGUUCAAUACACAACCGCACAGGAUGUGUUUCGGACGCCCCGUCAGAACGGUCCAGGCAGCAUCUUCACCAUCGGCAAUGGAGAACCCUGUCUCGGGUCUGAUAGGUCCACGGGGGGUGUCUGCUUAUCAAGGAACCAGUGCAACACGCAGGGGGGGAAGGCGAUUGGAUUCUGUGGGGUCUUCGCUACUUGCUGUUCAUUGAACGCCUGUGACAUACGAACGAAUACAAAGGUGGCUGUCUUCAUCAACCCACCCCUGAACAAGGAGUCAUCGGGCCUGGAGUGUUCGUACAACAUCGAGAUCAACAAUAAUAACGUCUGCCAGAUGAGGAUUGACUUCGAAACUUUCAAUCUCGCUCCACCUACCACCGUUGAAGCGGUCGAGAAUGUCACCCACCGUCCAGGCUACUCGUGCAAGAACGACAUCUUCCAGGUGACGAACCUACACGCCAACUCGGAUGUUCUACCAUCAUUGUGUGGUGACAACAGCGGUCAACACAUGUACGUGCGAGUGAACGCAUCAACAAACAGUCGCUCAAUCAGAUUGAACUUCAAGCUGGCUGACCGCGUCUCGCAGCCCAACCUGCCGCAAGCUACGUGGAAGCUUAAAGUUACACAGCUCGAGUGCUUUAAUACUUUAGGUAAAUACCGGGAUGGACUCUUGGACGCCAUCACGGCGUCCCUGCCAGCUACGCCCUUCACCAGCACAGCUGACCGUGAUGAGUAUUUAAUCGCGCCCCCCGGAUGCUUACAAUACUACCCGGACCGCGCCGGUUUCUUUGAAUCGUUUAACUACAACCGUGGAGCCGGGCCCUACAUCGCUAACAUGGCUUACGCUACUUGCUUCAAACGUAGCUCAGACGUUUGCGGUAUCAAGUUAACAGCAGCAAGCUUCGAAAUGGCCUACCACGAUGAUUCAAAUCUUUACCUGGACACGGAUUGUCAAGUGAACCCCAUCACCCAGGGCUUCGCUCAAUCAGAAGACUACCUCUUCAUCCCGGAAGCGGAAACCGCUGACGGUCUUAGAGGAUCCAAGUUUUGCGGAGGAAGUGCUUCUAAUCAGAUUAUUGCAUCUACACCCCCCGGUCCCCUGUACGUAUACUUUCACAGCGACAAUUUAGUUACACAAGAUAUAAAUGAAGCCGGUUUCCGAUUCAACUACAACGUACUAAAUAACUGUUACACUAAGAAAUAAGUCAUAGAUUAACUGAUUCAUAUGAAUCGCGUGACAAUGAGAACGAUUGUCGACUGAUUCAUGCUUGUUUAUAUGAAUCGUUGGUGUGUUUUUUUUAAUUUUUUUUUUUUUGUAAAUUUUAUUAUUUUUAUUGCUCAAAGGAUUUUUUUGUGAAUUGUAAUGUAAUAAUUAUUUUAAAACGUGCUUGAUGCAAGACUGUAUUAAUAUAAGUAAUGUAUUGACUGUAGGCCAGAAAUGCAUUUAUUAUAAAUUUCGAAUAGUUUAUACAUGAAUAAAACGUUUCAGUUUUAUAUUA